ACCUAGUGCGUGUUCGGCCAGUGAUGGAUGGCGCUGGUGGCUGCCUUUCUGCUUCAAAUCCUGCCGGGCCUUGCCAUGGUGUCGAUCACGAAGCCAGACCUGCACCAGUGGAUACCUCACCUGAGGCCGCGGACCCUGCAUUCAGGGUCCUUGGACCAACUGAUGGCGCAGUACAGAGUGGUGGUAGUGAUGACCACCAUCCCCAGCCGCAUCCACCGCAUGGAGCCGGUCAUCGACUCCAUGCUGAAGCAGACCUGGCCGGCAGCUGAGAUCAUCUUGAGCGUGCCCCACAUGUACAACCGCACGGGGGAGACCUAUGAGAUUCCCACUUGGAUGCGAGAGAAGCCUAUUCGCCUGGUGCGCUGCGAGGACCUGGGCCCCGGCACGCACUUGCUGAAUGGCCUGCGCCUGGAAAGGGAUCCCUGGACCUUCCUCGUGGUGGUGGAUGAUGACCACAUCUACGGCCCCGAGCUCACGGAGCAGCUGAUGCGCGCGGCGGUGGGGAACCCGGGCUCCGCGGUGGCGGCGCAGGGCUUCUUGUCGGUGCCUGAGCUGCUGGACUCCCCGGAGCUCCGGCUGCUGGAAGAACGAGGCUUCCCGCCGCCGCGGUAUCUGCAGGACCAGGGCUUCUCUGCUGGGCCGGUGCUGGUGAGCUACCUAGGCGUGGUGUACCAGCGCGGGUUUUUUGAUGACACGGUCUUCGAAUACAGCGAGUCCUGCCAGCAGUGCCGCUACCAGGACGACAUGUGGUUCUCAGCCCACCUGGCGGCCAAGGGAAUUCGGCGAUUGAUGCUCGGGUCGGCGCUGGGCGUGCAGGAGCUCAGGGACAUGCAUCUGGGGCCCGAGUCCCUGACCUAUUGGCCGGAGAACCGGCCGCGCACAGUCAGUGACGACUGCAACCAGGGCCUUUUGCAGGCGAACCCCGGGCUGUGGACCUUCCGCCGGCGUGUGGUGCUCUCACUGGGCGGCCUGCCGCCGAAGCUCGAGGAAUCCGAAGCAUCUCGAAGCGAACGACAUGUCCAUUCUCCUCUCGAAAAGAUGGUGCUCUUUUGCCAGGUGUCUGCGGCAUGGCAAGAGGUGCUGGCCAGCAUCAAGAGGCUGUCCAGAUGGCCAGACCUCACAUACCUUUGCAGUCCUGGCUGGGAGAAGGAAGGGGAGGGCUUUGUGGUUGGGAGGUCCUUCAUCCUCGAUGGGCUGCGGCUUACUGGCUCAACGGCCUGUGCGGAAGGCGAGGGACGCGUGUCGCAGCUCCUGCGCGACACACUGCUUUGGGAGGGAGAUGCCAACACGGUCUUGGUCUUGGGGUCUCUGAGUGACCUCAGUGAUCCCGAGGAUGUUUGGGCCGCUGCAGACUGCGCGGCUGACAUGUACGACGCAACAGUCGAGGAGGCAGAGAAUGAAGAGCAGGCUUUGCGUGAUGUGGGCGAAACAGCCUUGCGACAGGCGAGCACGCUGGAAAGAUUUGGUUAUCCGCUGCUGAACUCUCUGUUCCGCCAGCGUGUACGCAGUGACCCGCCAAGGAGGGCGGAGGGCAGCCGGUCGUGGCCGUACUGCCGUGUGGGCAAAUGGCUCGCUGCCAGCGUCGGCGCUUUCUCUGCGAGAGGCUGAUGCAACAUGGGGCAGGAAGUUAAUGUAUGUUUCGCGGUUGAUCAUGUGGAGCU